AUGUCACCCACAGUCGAGGACGAGGACGAUACUCACGAUCCGCUCUUCGACUCGGCCUACGAUUCGGCCUACGACUCUGACUACGUACCUGUUGAGGACCUCGACUCGGACCAUGAAACCGCUGAGGAGGCUGCUGAGCAGCGACGUCGCGCGAAUCCCACGCUUCACCAAGCACAGCGUGGCUCCCGUACUUUCCCUCCCAAUACAGCCAAGCGCGUGCGCGAUAUCUUGAAGUUCAUUCGCAAGAAAGGCUUUCCAGAUCUCGGGAUGUUCAUGGAUGCUCUAUUCUGGGGUGAUCCCGAGUGCACCUCCGACGAAAAGUGUCGUUACUGGCGUACUGGGCUCACCGACAGCCCCGAAUUUCCCGUCCUUCUGCGUCGCUUCUCUAGUCCACCAGGCGGGAGGGCGCACUCUUCUUCGGGCCACAUGGCCAACUUCGCCCUCGAGUUCGCCCAGGAUGUCGUGCGCCGCGAGAUGGAUCAUAUCGCGACGCAUUUCGAGAACCCGCCGGGAAAGGAUCCCCUCGCACUCGACACGCUCACCGACUUGCACUUUCCGGCCCUCACACGCGAUUUGCAAGUUGGUGCACCCUUUAUGUGGUCGGUGUUAACAGCUGCUGGAUGGAGUCGAAGGCAGGCCGAACAGAAUACGCACAAGACCCCCCACAAUGUCAUCAUGAACAUCUUUAGCAUGCUUUCGUACACACGAUCGCAUAAGCGCAACCGUCUCGCCACGUUAUGGGCUAUAUACUUGAAGUCUUGUGGUCUGAGUUCGCGCGCGUACGACGCCCUCCAUGCCGCCGGCUUCGUUAUGAGUAUAAAAUACACAAACGACGCAUAUAAGAAGAUAUCUGAGAAGCAGCUCGAAAGAAUGCAGGAGCUCAUUCGCCGCCGAGUCUGGCUCAUGGCCUACGACAAUUGCCAGAUUGCGAAAAGGGUUUUCUCCAUGCGCAUCGCAAAUCAGCCACUUUUCUAUAGUGCGUGCGCUGGAACGGUCUUCGUAUUUCCUGAGCACGUCAAAGUCCCGGACACCAUGAGCAAGGAGCACCAGGCGAAACGCCGUGAAGGGGCGAAGGAGCCCUUCGAUCUCCAUGCCUAUCUUGCCGGGCUCGCGCCUGAACACCAAUCACGCGACAAACGGCUCCGAGCUCGCUACGUGUGGCAUAUCUUGAACUUCCUCCUCAAGAGUGCCGAGUUCGCAUCAUAUCCGGACGAGAAACGCGCCGAUCCGAUCCUCGCUCAGCCGCCACCUGUCAACGAGCUUCCAGCCGAUCUGAGGAAUGUCGUCGAGCAAUUCAUGCUCAAGACUGUGGACAUUGAGGAGGCUAGCUACGAAGGCAAUAUCAAGAUCCUGGUCGCGUUCCUCAAACAACUCGGAUUCGAUUCAUCCGUAGACCUCCGUAAACUUGCCGAGGAGCUGCUGGUCUUCAUCGCUGGCGAUCAGCUCACGUACGAGCGACUCAUGGGCAUAUCCCGCAUCUGCCACGAGAAUAUCAACGGCUACGAGCGCUACGACUGGCUUGUGCCGGUCUUCGGCUGGCUGCACCUUGAGAUGGCCUUCGGGAACUCGCUUUUCAUUCAGUACGAGGGGACCGACGCCGGAUACGGCCUCCGUCGCGCUUUUCAGCUCAUGAAGCGCAAAGGCCUGCACAAGGUGCAGACAAAGGGGCCAUUCUGGCACCAUCUCGAUGAGGCACUCCAUCACGUCGCCGAAAGCAUGAUCCUCGCACUGUGGGGCGAAGUAUCAGGACUGCCAGACCCAAGCGAUCUCUCUGCACUGCGACAAAAGUCUCCCGAGGAGCUCCAGCUCAUGGCGGAAGAGAUCUACGACAAGCAUGUCUGCCGGCGUGGAUGGGAGGAUAUGCUAUCCGGCCCGAUUGACGCGCGCGACGAGGUUCGCGCUCGUUCACUCAUGUUCAUCUUCGAUGUGCUACCGUACAUCGAACUACGUGACGCAAUCAAGCAUGGGGACGUUGGGCGCAUGGAAGACCUUCUUCCGAUCCUCCUUCAACGCUUCGCGGGUGGCGAUAACCCAAAGUACACCAUCCUCGUUCUUGAACUUCUGCAAGGUUUGGAGAGGGAGUGGACAUCAGACAUGAAGGAUUUCAUACGAAGGUACUGCUGGGUGAUGAAUCGUGAAGGGAAGCGCGAUACGCACCUGCCAAUUGAUCAAGGACAGGAGCAGAACAUCGGCGACAUCAAGGUCACGUACCGUUCUUGUGGUCCAUCAGCAACCAUAGAGCAGAUCGGUAACUUAUCCCCUGCUAUACCAGUCUUCAGAGCGGUCCGCGAUCAUAUGAAGUGGCAGCAUAAGCUUAUCUUAUCGCGCGGAUCCAAGCACACCGACCCGAAUAAGGACGAUGAUGUCGCGGAGUUCCGGGAUCUUGCAGUUGAGGGAGAGUGGUUUAAGUAUACGCCUGGGCGUACCAUUUCGCGCUCGAAGGACAAGGCGGCGGACGUGAUGACCGCCGGAAUCACAAACCUCACGAUAGGAGGUCAAUUCGACCGGUGGUUUGAUAAUCGUACCUUCGAGCGCGAGUCUGAGCAAAUCUUCCCAAGCGACAGCGAAGGAGGAUCAACAGAGGAUGAGACGCCGAGCAGCUCCUCGAGCUCGAGCUCUAGCGAAGAGACGGAAUCAGACCCAGGCACAGUCAAGGCGCAGAGGCGGCGGAGAGGUCGCAUCAGCCAUCGCGGACGAAGAGCUAAGGCAUAA